GGCAGUAGCCUAUCGCAGGCGGCUGAAGGGCAUCUAAUGAUGGACCGGAGGCGGAGGCAACAAGGAGAGCGCCGGUGCCUCGGACAAACCAGGGAGUCUCACUUCCGACAGCAACCAGUUUGAGACCAGAUCAGACCUAUCUGCGACCUGAGCGAGAUUUUUACGCACAAAGUUUGACUUUAGGCAUUUAUUUAAUCCGCCGAUAUCUGGUCUGCGAGGUUUUCGCCUUUUACGCAAGAAUUACCUCUUCUAACGCGUCGAUUCCGGACUUUACGCAGUUUUAGGAGACUCAACAUGAAGUCUAUCCUCCUGUGGAAAUAUAACUGGUCCUGCUAGUGUUGCUCUGCUGUCUUAAGUGCGUGUGAGGCGACAGAUUCAACCGGGACAUCCAUCCAUCCACAUCCUGAGAAGUCAGCUCAAACGGGAGCGUCUCUUUCGACACAGAAGUCAAGCUUAAAUCUAAACGGACUAGGCUAUACCGAGAUGCAGCAUUUGGUCACAAAGUUAAACCCAAGAUUUCUCCAAAACGCAUGAGACACUCACAGGAGUUCAGGUCGGACUAAACCAUGUUGGAGCUGCUCGGAGUUGUGCGUAAAAGCAGCCGCACACCGGACAGGAAGUGAACUAAUUAUUAUUAAACCCCAUCCCUCAUUUCCAUAUCUAGCGUGUUGGCUGGACCGCAGCCAAUCACCCACCGAAGGACAGCAAGAGUCGUAAAAGCAUUAUCCUUCCUCCAUCACAAUUACACUGACAUGCGCAAUCUGCACACGGGCAUCAGCACCAGCCACCGUACGCUUAUUUCACCGAUCCCGCUCCCUCUGAAGGGUCCCAUUCGCUGCUUGUAGAUGAGUCGGCGAAAGGCAGCAGCGAGUCGCAGAGAGAGAUCAACAUGUCCCGCCGCAAGCAAGCCAAGCCGCAGCACCUUAAGUCAGAUGAAGAAGCGACACAGACCGGAUUCCCCUGCAAAAAUGGCAUCGUGGAGGGCAUGGAGAGAGUGGAAACCAAUGGUGGCUGCCACAGCAGUGAGGAAACACACAUCUGUGACAAAUGCUGUGCUGAGUUCUUUACUUGGACUGAACUGAGUGAACAUCAGAAAGUCUGCACAGAGGAUCCCUUGGUGCUGAUAGUGAAGGACAAUGAAGGGAUGCCAGUUCCUGAGGAAUCUCCUAUCGGACCCUCUCCGGUUCCUAGUGUGGUGUCCAGUGACUCAUCUGCAGCAGAGUCCACAGAUGCUGGCUUUGAGCUUGGAGAGACGCUGGUGAAUGACAACGACAGUCUGGAUAACUUAGAGGAAGGCAGGGAGCGGGAUGAAGCCAUGGAGCUUGAGCAUUGCCCACAGGACAAAUACACCACAACCUCCAGCCCUCAGCCUCCAGAUUCAGCUGAGUCCACUUCCCCCCAGAGGUCAGCUGCUGGCAGUUACAGCAUGCCGAGUACAAACGUGACGCUGGAGAUCCUUCACGGCACCAGGGUGGCUGUUGCCCAGUUCUCCCAGGGGAUCAACAGCAGUGGUACUGGAGGGAAGGCAGCUUCAGCAGCCAUCCCGGUGAUCCUGGAGCACCUGCUGGCUCUGCAGCAACAACAGGUCCACCAGCUGCAGCUUAUUGAGCAGAUCUGCAGCCAGGUAGCCAUCAUGAACAGACAACCAACACAGGCAGCGUUAAACCCAGUCUCCAGAUCGCUGUCUCUGGCACCUAACCCUUUCCCUUCUCAAGGCAUCAUCCCUCCUCCCAUCCUGCCACUGUCUGGAGCGAUGCCCUCAAACAUAAAUGGACAGGCUGCUGUUUCUUUGUCUUCAGUGCUUGAAAAGUCACAAAGUCUCUCCUCACAAACUGUAAGCGGGCAGUCCACCUUUAGAGAUGUAACAUGUACCUCAGUUUCCUCAGAAAAUUCAACCCCGGCUCUCUCCAGCUCCAGCAGCAGCAUCUCCACAUUACUGCCUCCUUACACAGGCUCACACACCAGCAGCAUUAGCUGUACUCAGACAUCAAACUCCUCCAGCCCGCUCUCCCUGGGGCAGAGCGGCCUCCUCAGCUCAUCCUCCAGCCUGCCAUUUCUACCUCAGAGCCCGCCCAGCAGCGUCAUUUUCCCCAAUCCCUUGGCUAGCAUCGCCGCUACAGCUAAUGCACUUGACCCUCUUGCAGCCCUGAUGAAGCACAGGAAAGGGAAACUGCCUAACAUGUCCUUGUUCGAAACGAAGCCCAGCCCAGAGGAGCCUUUCUUCAAGCAUAAAUGCAGGUUCUGUGCCAAAGUGUUUGGCAGCGACAGCGCUCUGCAGAUCCACCUGCGCUCCCAUACAGGAGAGCGGCCCUUCAAAUGCAACAUCUGCGGCAAUCGCUUUUCCACAAAAGGGAACUUAAAGGUGCACUUCCAGAGGCAUAAAGAGAAGUAUCCUCAUGUUCAGAUGAACCCUUACCCGGUGCCAGAAUAUCUUGACAAUGUGCCAACAAGUUCUGGGAUUCCCUAUGGAAUGUCCAUCCCUCCAGAAAAACCUGUUUCCUCAUGGCUGGAUAGCAAACCUGUUGUAGCAACUCUGCCAGCGACUAUGGGUCUUCCGCUUUCCUCCACUAUUACCAGUAUUGGAGGUUCAAAUGACCCUGUAAGUGUAACACCUACUGUUAAAUCUCCCUACCAGCCAGCUCCUUUUGAAUGUGUAUCUUUGUCACCUAACCACAGAGGCAGUGAGGCUCACUUCUCUCCUGUUUCAGCGUCUCCACAGUCUAAUCAUGAGACAGAAGCCUCCAAUAUACUGAAAACAGAGGGGGUACACCUGCCCCAAAACUGCUCCCUGAGACUGAGAGCCAACCCUGUAACAGAGGCAACCAGCACUACGAUCCCAUCUGUGGCCACCACACCUGAACCCGUCACCUCAGCAUCUCCUGUCUCCAACUCUCCACCCCUCUCGCUCAACUCAGACGAAACUAAAUUCCCAACCGGUGGCCUCCUGGACUCUAUGCAAACAUCUGAAACUUCAAAGCUUCAGCAGCUGGUGGAGAACAUUGACAAAAAGAUUACAGACCCCAACCAGUGUGUCCUCUGUCACCGCGUCCUCAGCUGUCAGAGUGCGCUAAAGAUGCACUACCGCAUUCACACUGGGGAGAGGCCCUUUAAAUGUAAAGUGUGUGGCAGGGCUUUCACCACCAAAGGCAACCUGAAGGCUCACAUUGGUGUUCACAGAGAAAAUCCACCUGUUCAGGUGCAACACUCAUGUCCCAUUUGCCAGAAGAAGUUCACCAACGCUGUUGUCCUUCAGCAGCAUAUCCGUAUGCACAUGGUUGGGCAAAUUCCAGACUCAACUCUGGUGGAUGGGCUGCAGGAGAUGGACAGCGAUAUCUCUUUCAACGAGAGGAACUUUGACAGUCUCAGCAGCAAUAGCAAUGACCUCACUGAUGAUAUUUCAAUGGAGGAUGAUAAUGAGGAAGAGGAAGAGGAGGUAGAGAAUAUAGAGGAAAGUGUAAAUCCAUCUAAACCCUUGAUCUCUGAUUGUAAUUCUCCUCCUGAGUCCUCCUCCAUUGUAUCAAGUAUAGCUGCUCUGGAGAACCAAAUGAGGAUGAUUGACUCUACUGUAAGCCUAAAUCAUUCCUUGGGUAUGAAAUUCAUAACAAAUGGUUUUAAUGACAGCAACCAACUCAAUGUUAAAUGGUCUUUAUCAGAGAAAAUGGUGGAGAACUGCAGCGCAAACAGCCCAAAUGUGUCAGAAUCCUCCUGUUCACCUCAUGUAUCAGCGUCUCCUAUUCAAAGCAACUCAGAAGGCAUGACGAUCAAAUCACCUGCAGUGAACAACAACAGGCCAGAAUCCCAAGAGGCUUUGGCAGCCUCAGUGAAGAGUGAGCAAUCUGAGUCUCCGACCUCGGCAUCAGCAGCUGCAGUGGCCCAAGAGCUGAGAGGAAUACAGGCCAGCAAGCUAUGUGUGAAAGAGGAGACUGCUUAUAGCAUGUCAUUCCAACUGAGCAGAGAAAGAGCUGCAGGUCAAAGCAUUCCCAGCCUGGUUACCAGCACAUCAUCAGGCAUGAUAAAAACCGAGGUGAACGGUCACAGUCAGUCAAACAACCUGUCCGAAGGGCAGCACCCACCAUUUAGUGUCCACAUCCCUCCGGCUUAUGCAGCAGUCGGCAGCCCAGGAAUGACCUCCCUGCUCGGGCCUGCUCCUCCUCGUCGAACACCGAAGCAGCACAACUGCAACGCCUGUGGAAAGAACUUCUCGUCAGCCAGCGCCCUACAGAUCCAUGAGCGCACACACACCGGAGAGAAACCAUUUGUCUGCUCCAUCUGUGGCAGAGCUUUCACCACAAAAGGCAAUCUGAAGGUUCAUAUGGGAACUCACAUGUGGAACAACGCACCAGCCAGGAGAGGCCGGCGGCUGUCGGUAGAGAACCCCAUGGCUCUGCUUGGUGGAGAGGCCUUGAAGUUUGGGGAGAUGUUUCAGAAGGACCUGGCAGCUCGAGCGAUGAAUGUAGACCCUGGAUUUUGGAACCGCUAUGCGACAGCUAUCGCCAACAGCCUGGCCGCGAAGAACAAUGAGAUCUCAGUGAUUCAGAACAGAGGCAUCUCUCAGCUUCACCCUCUGACUGCAGGCAUGGACCGAGUGAGCACCACAGGAAGUCCAAUAACCAGUCGAACCAAGACAGGCAUGGACCUGGGAAAUAAUAGGCAUUUUUCUAUGCUGAUUGAUGACAGCAAAGAAAUUGGAAUCAAUUGAAAAAAAGCUGAAUGGGGACUUGAUACUUAUGCAAUCUAUUAUGGACGUUAAAAUAUUUGUAAAACACCUUGUUUGUUCUUAUGUAUUAUAUAUAGACAUAAAAAGAACUUUUUAUCAAUUGACAGAGAAUAGUAGGGUAUUCACAUUUUGCUAUUUUACUUUGCUGUCAUUUGUGAAUGUUUUUUAUCUAUACAUUAAAUAAGUUGUUUAACUUGUACCUGAGAAUUCCUACGGUGCUUAGACGAAUGGCUGCUCUGAAGAAGGGAACGUAUGCUCAAAUCAAUAAUGCAAACAGUCUGCUAUCUCCUCCGUACAGCUGCCCAGUACUGACAGCUGGUGCAAAGCACAAAACACGCUCAUAAAUACCCACAAUUACGAGUUGCAAUGAGCUAUUGUCAAUGUUAUGGUGAGAAAUUGUCAUUCUUAAACAACAGUUGGACUGAAUAAAAACUAGAACAAACUGUC